UCACUCCGUCUGAUGGAAGCUAAAGUGAAGCACGGAGCUCCUGUUCUACAGACCUGCUGAGGACAGAAGAGAGCUGCUCACUGAGGACGUUCAUGUCUACAAGAUCACAGGUUGUUGUGAAGGUGUGGAGGUGUGGACUCUGCUAUGAAUCAGGGUGAGGACCCAGAGGACAGAGUCCCUCCCUCUGAAGCCCCUCUGUGGGGGGGACAUGACAGACAGACCAAAGUUCAGAGGACCCAUCAGAGACCAGAACCUGAUCCUCAAUCAGGACCUGAUCCUAAACCAGGACCUGGCCCCAGCUGUGUGUCCAUGAAGAGUAACUGGUCUAUGGAUCCUCCUUUGAAAUUCAAAGAUGUCCGUCCCUCUGCUGAUGCAAGGUCACAUUGGCAGAAAGAAAAGUCUCCUGAACCCAGCUGUGUGUCCAUGAAGAGUAACUGGUCUAUGGAUCCUCCUUUGAAAUUCAAAGAUGGCCGUCCCUCUGCUGAUGCAAGAGAGGACCAGGAGAGCUCAGAGGUUCCCACAGAGUCUGCCCAGCAGCAUCAAACCCACCUGGACUCCAUCUUCAUGCUGCUGGAGGAGAACAUCCUCACUUUUAUGAAGAACGAGCUGAAGAUGAUCCAGAAGGUUUUGAGUUCAGAUUACCCAGAAUGCUUAGAGGAUGAGGAGGUGCUGGAUGAAGAGCAGAGGAGGAGCAGAGAGGCAUUUGUGAAGAUCUCAGUGCACUUCCUGAGGAGAAUGAAGCAGGAGGAGCUGGCUGAGCGUCUGCAGAGCAGACUUCCUGCUGUUUGUCAGCGUGAACUCAAAUCCAACCUGAAGAAGAAGUUCCAGUGUGUGUUUGAGGGCAUCGCUAAAGCAGGAAACCCAACCCUUCUGAAUGAGAUCUACACAGAGCUCUACAUCACAGAGGGAGGGACUGCAGAGGUCAAGGAAGAACAUGAGGUCAGACAGAUUGAAACAGCAUCCAGGAGACCAGCCAGACCAGAAACAACCAUCAGACAAGAAGACCUCCUCAAAGCCUCAGAUGGAGGAGAAGAACCAAUCAGAACAGUGAUGACUAAGGGAGUGGCUGGCAUUGGGAAAACAGUCUUAACACAGAAGUUCACUCUGGACUGGGCUGAAGACAAAGACCACCAGGACAUACAGUUCACAUUUCCAUUCACCUUCAGAGAGCUGAAUGUGCUGAGAGAGAAGAAGUUCAGCUUGGUGGGACUUGUUCAUCACUUCUUCAGUGAAACCAGAGCAGCAGGAAUCUGCAGGUUUGAAGAGUUCCAGGUUGUGUUCAUCUUUGACGGUCUGGAUGAGUGUCGACUUCCUCUGGACUUCCACAACAAUGAGAUCCUGACUGAUGUCACAGAGACCUCCUCAGUGGAUGUGCUCCUCACAAACCUCAUCAGGGGGAAGCUGCUCCCCUCUGCUCGCCUCUGGAUAACCACACGACCUGCAGCAGCCAAUCAGAUCCCUCCUGAGUGUGUUGGCAUGGUGACAGAGGUCAGAGGGUUCACUGACCCCCAGAAGGAGGAGUACUUCAGGAAGAGGUUCAGAGAGGAGGAGCAGGCCACCAGGAUCAUCUCUCACAUCAAGACCUCACGAAGCCUCCACAUCAUGUGUCACAUCCCAGUCUUCUGCUGGAUCACUGCUGGAGUUCUGGAGGAGAUGUUGAAGACCAGAAAGGGAGGGCAGUUGCCCAAGACCCUGACUGAGAUGUACAUCCACUUCCUGGUGGUUCAGUCCAAAGUGAAGAAGGUCAAGUACGAUGGAGGAGCUGAGACGGAUCCACACUGGAGUCCAGAGAGCAGGGAGAUGAUCGAGUCUCUGGGAAAACUGGCCUUUGAUCAGCUGCAGAAAGGUCACCUGAUCUUCUAUGAAUCCGACCUGACAGAGUGUGGCAUCGAUAUCAGAGCAGCCUCAGUGUGCUCAGGAGUGUUCACUCAGAUCUUCAGAGAGGAGAGAGGACUGUACCAGGACAAGGUGUUCUGCUUCGUCCAUCUGAGUGUUCAGGAGUUUCUGGCUGCUCUUCAUGUCCAUCUGACCUUCUUCAGCUCUGGUGUCAAUCUGCUGUCAGAAGAACAAACAACCUCUCUGGAGUCUAAACGCUAUGAACCCAAUCCUGAACCAAAGCAUCUCUACCAGAGUGCUGUGGACCAGGCCUUAAAGAGUCCUAAUGGACACCUGGACUUGUUCCUCCGCUUCCUCCUGGGUCUUUCACUGGAGACCAAUCAGAGUCUCCUCCGAGGUCUGCUGACACAGACAGGAAGUUGCUCACAGACCAAUCAGGAGACAGCCCAGUACAUCAAGGAGAAGAUCAGUAGGAAUGUGUCUCCAGAGAAAAGCAUCAAUCUGUUCCACUGUUUGAAUGAACUGAAUGAUGGUUCUCUAGUGGAGGAGAUCCAAAGGUCCCUUAGAUCAGGACGUCUCUCCACAGAUGAACUGUCUCCUGCUCAGUGGUCAGCUCUGGUCUUCAUCUUACUGUCAUCACAAGAAGAUCUGGAGGUGUUUGACCUGAAGAAAUACUCUGCUUCAGAGGAGGCUCUUCUGAGGCUGCUGCCAGUGGUCAAAGCCUCCAACAAAGUUCUACUCAGUGACUGUAACCUCUCAGAGAGAAGCUGUGAAGUUCUGUCCUCAGUCCUCAGCUCCCAGUCCUCUAGUCUGAGAGAACUGGAUCUGAGUAACAACCACCUGCAGGAUUCAGGAGUGAAGCUUCUGUGUGAUGGACUGAAGAGUCCACACUGUCACCUGGAGACUCUCAGCCUGUCAGGCUGUCUGAUCACAGAGGACGGCUGUGCUUCUCUGGUCUCAGCUCUGAGCUCCAACCCCUCCCACCUCAGAGAACUGGACCUGAGCUACAACCAUCCAGGAGACUCAGGGGUGAAGAUGCUGUCUGAUGGAGUGGAGGAUCCUCACUGGAGACUGGAGACUCUCAGGGUGAAGCCUGCUGGAGUCCGAUGGAUGACACCAGGUCUGAGGAAGUAUUCCUGUGAACUCACAAUCGACACAAACACAGUUCACAGAAACCUCAAACUGUCUGACAACAACAAGAAGGUGACAUUUGUGAAGAUGGAGGUUCAGUCAUACCCUGAUCAUCCAGACAGAUUUGACUACUGGUACCAGCUGCUGUGUAGAACUGGUCUGACUGGUCGCUGUUACUGGGAGGUCGAGUGGAGAGAAAGAGUUUAUGUAUCAGUGAGUUACAGAGGAAUCAAGAGGAAAGGAGACCCUGAAGACUGUUGGUUUGGACACAAUGAUCAGUCCUGGUGUCUGAUCUGCUCUGAUGAAAGUUACUCUGUCCGUCACAAUAAGACAGAAACACGCAUCACCUCCUCCUCCUCCUCUGGUAGAGUAGCAGUGUAUGUGGACUGUCCUGCUGGCUCUCUGUCCUUCUACAGAGUCUCCUCUGACUCACUGAUCCACCUCCACACCUUCAGCACCACAUUCACUGAACCUCUUUAUCCUGGGUUUUUUCUCUGGUCUGGUUCUGGUUCCUCAGUGUCUCUGUGUCCUCUUCAGGACGGAGAGUCUCCUCCUGGUGGAGAAGCUUCCUCUCUGCUCACCACAUAGUUCAGUCUGUACAGUGUAAUGGCAAAAUAUAAUGAUGCCAUAAUGUUUUAUUAGAUUAAUGGUUAAAACCAAUCAUGACUUUAAUUCUGAGGAAGUUCCAAGACCCCAGCUGUGUGGGAACGAUCUAAACAGAAUAAUCUCAAAGCACCUCUCCUCUUUGAUCCCAUUUGUCUUUGCAUAACACCGCUGCGUGGAGGAAGGAGAAGGUGUAAAUUUCUUAGGCUAUUGUCCUAGAUCUAAUCAAACAUCUGUUGUAAGCACCUUGAGUUUCCCUUCAAGUCUGAGACCUCCUUGCCUGUCUCAAACUCUUUAGCAUAACAAAACCAAGGUGUUAACCCCGCCAAUGUAUAAAUAUAGCCAUGUUCCUCUCAAACAUUAAGAAGACGCUUGCCACUGCCUGUCGAUGUGUAGCUGUUGCAAACCUCUUCUUCCUUGCAAGAAAUAAACAGAAAAAUACAACUUUGAUUCACAAGAGAGUCCCCCCCCAAUAAGAGAUAUAUAGAUCUGUAUGAUAAAUUGUCCUUAUGUGUGUGUGCUUUAUUAGUGCGCACACACAUGAAUCAAAGCAAGGUCAUGUUUCCUCAUCCUUUGUAUUGAUGAAAAUAAGUAACAUGAAUGUGAUUCAAAUCUUACAAAAUCUUUUCAGUGAAAUCAAAUCUAAUUUCUCAUAAUCAGGUUUUUUCUGAAUCUUUUGAAAGUUUCAGCAAAGCUCUGAAGAAAAUGUUUAAUGACCGAUAUCAUGUGCUUGUGUUUUUAUUAACGUUAAUAUAACAGUACAACGUUUAGUCGUUCCAUGUAUUUAGAUUAACAGGAAUAUAAUGGUAUGUUUCUAAUAGUUUUUCGCAGUCGCUUUGGUACAUUUAUCGAUUUCUCCUCAACGUUUGCAGAACAUCGCGUUCGUUACUCAAAACAAUUUGUACGAACAGCAAAACCACACUGAAGACAGUCUGUGGAGUAAAUCUCUGGGGGGGGGGGCAUGUGGCUGGUGUCAUACGCUCCGUCUCUGUACUGAGGACAGUUCCUCAUGGGGAGUAGAGUGAGGACCUCCAUCAGCAGACCACUGCCUGAUGAUGUUGGACCGAUGGAAACGGACAUCGUCCCAAACUAUCAGAACUUUGGAAGGUCAUCUCCAGUGUGACCCCCCCCCCCCCCCCCCCCCUUGUUCAGGGAUGAGUGUUAAAAGGCCCAUAAAAUGUGUCUCUUCUCAUCACGUGUCCUCGGACUCUUCUUCCUCUUCCUCUUCUCUGGCUGUCGUCCUUCAUCGUCAGACUCGUCCUGUUUGAGAUGCACCUUCGUUAAAGUCCAGAUUCACCUCGACAUGAAGAGCAGCAUCAGAAUCCUUUGGAUGAACAAAGCGUUUAAACUGGUUCAAAGAAAUGAGAAACUGCUUCUUUGAUGUGAACAAGGGAAACAACCAUGUGAAGAUGAAAAUGUUGAAAAGUUUCUGAUCAGAAAAACGUACCAAAGCGACUUAGAAAAACUAAUAAAUGACUUUUAUUGGACACAUGGUCCUGGACCAGAAGAGUCACCUGAGAUUAAACCAGUAAAUAAUAAUUUGUUGUAAUAUUUUAUCUAAGUAGAGGAAAUGUUUCUGAGGUGGGAGGAGGCUGUAAAUAUGAUUAAUGAUCUCAAUACGUAUCACAUGGGGAAUAUAAUAAAGACAAAAUUACACCAACAGAGUUCAUCUCUUUGUGAUUUAUAACAUGAACAAUAAUUAGAAUCAAGUGCUUUAACUCAACUCUCUUCACUCUCUCACACUUUAAUGCCUUUAAUAUGCAUCCAUCACAAAAAUAAGAUUAAAGUAAAAAGUCAAAAAAAUAAAAUGUGAACAUGUGUAUAACGUUGUAUUUCAGUGCGUAACUUGUGUCUCUGCGACUACUCAGUAUAAUAAAUCAGACUGGACUUCA